AUGAUGGCCUCGCUCUCCCCCGACUCGAGGCGCAUGCAGCGGAGGGAUUCGUCGAACCGGAGCGACAGCAAGAGACGGCCAAGGCUGCUUCGAGCCUCGGCCACCGAGCCGUCCAUUACAGCGUCCAAUGCAAGCCGCAACGCUCUCGCGAACUCGCAAUCGAGUCACCGGGCAUCCGAGCUGUUGAGCCGGGUAGCCUUCAUCUCGGGUUCUCCUCCGGACUCUGUCAUCCGGUCUACGUCGCCGCUAGCCGCCCGGGCAGCCAUGUUCGAGAGCAUGGACCGGCAAGGAGAACUGUCAUCAUCUCCAGUCAGCUCGCCAGACGGUUUCGACGACUUGCACACUCAUCCUUAUUCGGGACGUUAUUUCAGCUUCCCCAGCUUCGACAUGUACGAAGCGGGCCAGCAAGAUGACGACAAGGACAACGACUUGAAGUCGCCUUGA